AGCAUGUGGAUUUAGUUUACUAUCAAAAGUGCAUUUAGGGUUGCAAAGGGGGAAUGGCUAUCGACAUACACCUACAAUCCUAGCUCUUUUUUACAAUUUAGAAGGCUCAUUAGCUAGACAUCGUGUAUAAUGCGACAUGGGUGUCGAGUUUACAGAGGAAGAGAAGCAGAAGGCAGCUGAUUUCUUAAGCAAAUUUGCUUUGGAGCACGCAUCUCCAGAAGAGAAGGACUCACUUCCAUUUCGAGUUGAUGCUCCACACAGCAUUGGAAGUGAAGAAAUACACGGUUAUGUCAUUGAAUGGGCUUUAGAAUAUCUCCGUAAAUGUAAUUGUCCUGAUGAUCUGGCGGCAACUAUUACCCAUCAUGCCACACAGGAGUUGUUGGAAGCUGACCUUACAUGUUAUAAACUGCAAAACAAUAAAGGUCUAGAUGUUGACAAGCUGGUCAAAGCCACCUUCAAUAAAGUACAAGAAAUUUGUGUGGACUGGAGUCAUGCACCACCAAAAAUGUUCAAAUCAGAAAGAUCUUACCAAUCCUGUGUCCAUGCCAUCAAGAACACCAGAAGGAAAAUGGAAGAUAAGCAUAUCAUCAUGCCUUAUUUUAGUACACUUUUUGGUUUACCCAAGGAAUUUCCAAGCCUUGCUUUUUUUGCUGUUUAUGAUGGUCAUGGAGGAGUAGAUGCUGCUAAUUAUGCCUCGGCAAAUCUGCAUGUAUUUUUGUCAAUGAAUGAGAACCUUCACACUGACCCAGGACUUGCACUUUAUGAAACAUUUAUGAUGACAGAUGAGUGUUUUGGUCUGAAGGCUAGAACAGAGGGUUUGAAAAGUGGAUGCACAGCUGUCACUGUAUUGAUAUCAAAUGAUACACUACAUGUAGCAUGGCUAGGAGAUUCUCAGGCUGUACUUUCCAAAGGAGGUGAAGCUGUUAUCUUGAUGGAACCACAUAAACCUGACCAAAAGGAUGAGAAAGACCGUAUUGAAGCACUUGGUGGUUGUGUGGUGUACUUUGGAGCAUGGAGAGUCAAUGGAAAUCUGUCUGUAUCAAGGGCUAUUGGUGAUGUUGAGCAUAAACCUUAUAUCUCUGGAGAACCCUGUUUAUCAGAGUUUACAUUAGAAGGAGAUGAAGAGUUUGUGGUGCUAGCUUGUGAUGGAUUGUGGGAUACGGUUGGUCGAGAAGAAGUUGUAAAACUUGUUAAUGCUCAUGUUGCUGAAGGUAAUGAUAGAGGCACAGCUGCAAAGUUACUGGUAGAUACUGCAAAACGAGCAGGAUCUAGUGAUAAUAUAUCAGUGAUUGUGGUAUUCCUUGAUGCUCAUUCCAAAACUAACAGUUCUAAAGACAUUAGCAAUCCUGUUAUUGUACGAAAUCACUCGCAAACUCCUUCUCAUAAUGGAACUACAAAGCCUUCAAAUUCAAAAGUAAAUAAUGAAACAGCCAACAGUAAUCAAGAACAAAACGAUAUUGAAAAAUUAGGAGUUAGCGAAGUUGUUGACCAACUAGUACCCAUCAUUGCAAAGGUAAAAAUAUCUACAGAGACUACGGAAACAAUAACAACACCAACUAUGACUUGUAAAAUUACUUGUAAAGAAGAUAAGAGUUAUAAUAACAGUGGACAGUUGGCGCAGAUAACAAAGAAAUUAUCCUUGGAACAGCAAACAAGAUCAGCUGAGAGCAGCCCUAAACAGGAUAAAAAAACCAAAACAAAAUCCAUUACACCAGUGGGUAAAGCAUCACCUAAGACAAAGCCAAAAGCUUCUAGUCAUCUUGACGUUGACCAAAAGGCUAGUCUGAGAAGAAGGUCUGCGCCAGGUGCAUUUACAUCAUCCUAACAGCUAGUAGACUUUUACAUUUACCCAUACAGUUAGGUAUUUUAAGGUAUUCUUAAUUAUUUUGAACAAAAAUAUCAAAAAUAUACAUCAAGUCCAAAUUAUAUAAUAUCUGUGUGAGAAGUGUGACGUGAGUACAUACAUAUAUAUUCAGAUAUUUCUAUACAUAAAACCUUCAUGGUUAAUCAAAGAUAUAAAAGAUAUUACUUGUGGAUUGUGUUAUUAUGAAUACUGACCAUAAAAUGAUUGAUCCUCCUUUUGGAGAUUCAAAUUUAAAUGGCUGUGUAAUUACUGGAACUAUUGGCUAUGAUGAAUUUCCUAGUUUAAAUACCUGACAAUGGAACCCAUUUCAAAAACACUGCCUAAAUAAAUCCCUGCUUAAUUAUCUAGACAUUACUAAGGCAAGCUUUGCUAAUAUUGCUUAUAUCAUAACUGUAGUUUAAAUAUAAUAGCAUAGCAUCAUCAAAAAUGUUGGUUAUUCAGAAUAUAGAAAUGGCUUCACAGUUACGUACUAAUUACUAUUGUCAGCCAUCAUUUCAGCAUGUUGACCAACUGGCUGUUCAUUUGAGAAUAAUUUGUAAAGCUAAAAUGAAUAUAAUGCUUUGUGCUUUAAUCAUAGGCGUGGCAAUCUAAAUUUCUAUUAAUUUAUUAAUUAUAUUUUAUCUAUAUAUUUUGAAAUUUGGAUUUGUGUCGAAAUACUAUUUGGCAACAGUAAAAGCAAACUAAUAUAUAUAUUUUAACAAGAAAAUUUAACUGUGAACUCAUUUAUGGCUCACACAUACGACUGUAUUAUGAGCCAAACUUAAGCAGAAAUAAUUUAGUAAGAGCGCAAUUUAAUUUUUUGGUAGCAUUAUAAAAGUUUUGAUAUAUAUGUGUACUGUACAGUUCUCAGUGUGCAUUAGUAUGUAGCAUUAUGAUUUCAUUUGUGUAUUGAAUUUUCCAGAAUUGAUCUAAAAAUGAAGCCCAAUCUUGGGAUAUUCUUUAAAUCUUAAAGAAAUAGACCUAAUCCUCUGUUUUCUCAUUUCCGACCUUGUGUCAUUCACUAGAUUAUCAUUUCUUUGCCAAAUGGGUAUGCACAGAAAGACACUUGGAUUAUAUAUAGCAAUGAAGAAGUUUAUUCUCAGGGGAGUGACACAUAAUCUACAUUUGGAUAACAUUAUGCCCAGAUGGAUUAGGUCCAUUGCCCAAAUAAACAUGCUCAGACCUUUUCUAGACAUGCUCAGACCUUUUCAAGACAAUACCCCGUGGGAAUUCUUGUACCUUCUUUGGCAAUAUAUUUUUUUUGCUCACAUUUGUGUUGUGGAAUUAUCACAUCACAUAGCUACGCUUCUCAGCCAUUCAAUUAACAGAAAUUUCCCAGCUAGUUAGUUGUAUAAGACAUGAAGUAAUAUAAAAAUAAAUUCUGACAAUAGAUCUGACUGAAAAAGAUGGAAUUAGAUAUCUUAAUGAUAUGCAAUUACAGUGCUAUAAGUGAAACAGUGAUUAAACCAACAAAUCCAUCUCAUAACUAGGAAACCUAUAAUCAAAUCAAUAAUGUACUAAUUUAGAACAUAUAACAUUGGUGUUUUUCCAAUUAAGUCUAAAUAUUUAGAGAUGUCAUAAAAAUUAUAUUAUUUUAAGAUUUAGUCCAAUAUGUUUUGUGGUGUUAUGGGAUGAUGAGUAUACCAUAUACGAACAUUACACAUAUACGUUCAUAUUCUUUACUUUCAUUUAUAAAGAUGCAUAAUUUCUCAUUCAAGUCAUUGAUAAUAUUAUCGUUUUCCUUUAGGUAGUAUUAUUAUGGUAUUUAAUCUCAACAUAUAGUGUUAUCAGCUUUUAUGUAUUUGGUUUAUAAGAGUGUUGUAAUUCAACAUAUAUUAUACCUGGAGAGUAAGUGUACAACAUUGAUUAUAAUUUUAAAUUUUACCCUCUCUUGGUUUAUUUACUAGAAAUUAUAUUUGAAUAAAAACGACCACUAUUUCA